UUGUGGUCCGGCUGGUUGGGACUGCGAAGUCGCAGAACAUUUUCAUAUCUUAGGCCCACGUUUUAUCGUUGGACCUGUAGGUGUGUUCAGGCCUUGGGAGGGCGGACGACCCGCAUGUUCGGGUCGUUAUUUCAAAAUGUUUUCAUUUCCAAGGCCAACACCAAGCAAGAUAAAAUGUUAAUAGGGAGUAUUCUGUCUUGGUUUGGGGGCUGUUAACGGAAUGGUGGCUGUUUGGAUCUCUCGCAUUGGCCUUCGGCGUCCCUUUUGGUGUCUGACAAUUAUGUUUUAGUGUAAUGUGAGUAAGGAGCUUAUAACAACAAAUGCAGGCUACUUUCUUUUACAUGUCGUGUGAUGAAGUGAUUACGGAGUUUGAGGCAUUCAGAAUGGUCCAGCGUUUGACCUACCGUCGUAGGCUGUCCUAUAAUACAGCCUCUAACAAAACUAGGCUGUCCCGAACCCCUGGUAAUAGAAUCGUUUACCUUUAUACCAAGAAGGUUGGGAAAGCACCAAAAUCUGCAUGUGGCGUGUGCCCAGGCCGACUUCGAGGAGUUCGUGCUGUGAGACCUAAAGUCCUUAUGAGGUUGUCCAAAACGAAAAAACACGUCAGCAGGGCCUAUGGUGGUUCCAUGUGUGCUAAGUGUGUUCGUGACAGAGACACAGCGAGAGAGGGAACACAAGCACGGGGGAGUGGGAGAGGGAGAAGCAGGCUUCCCGCCGAGCAGGGAGCCCGAUGCGGGGCUCGAUCCCAGGACCCUGGGAUCAUGACCUGAGCAGAGAGCAGACGCUUAACGACUGAGCCACCCAGGCGCCCCGAAACCAAGGCUUGUUUAAAUUCUCAUAGCCAGUAAGGGGCAGCACUGGGAUUCAUUCUAGGUUUUAUUGAGACCCUAGCUUUUAACCUCAUUGAUUUUAUAAACAUGAAUUGCCUCUAAAGACUUAAGUGGAAGGAUUUGUGAGGUGGUUGGUCUUCACAAGUUAAGGAACUGCUUCAGAAAGUGGGUUGCCUCCAGUUUAUUCAGCUAGUUCUAUAAAGUGGUUGAGCUCAGUUUCUUACCCAAAUCUGGCACCAAACUUGCAAGAUCACUCUGCCUUUCAGGAGUUAAUUUGUAAGGGGAUGGUAAGGCAUGUUACAGUAAUUCAAAUACAAGGUAAAUGGAACUUCCAUGAAAUACAAAAAAACUGAACUAUGUUUGAAGUUUAGAGGAGAAAUUACUUCCAGGUAGCUGGAACUCUGGGAAUGGUAUUUGAGGUGGUACCUGAAUGAUAGGUAAAUGUUGGCCAAGAGGUUGAAAGGGCAUUGUAGGCAAGGAAUGUAGAGGACUGAGAAAUGAGAUUGAAAAGGUACAUUAGAGAUGAGAGGGUCAUGAAUUGGUUUUAAGCGAAAGGGGUUUGGGUUUUUACUCCUUGUUCCCAGACUUUGCUAAACAUAAUCAUGGGCACGUUUAUUAAAAGUACGAUUUACAGGCCCUAGCUCUUAGAGAUUUGGGUGUAGAUCUGCUGGUAGGCUAUAGGUUAGUAUUAGCUGUGACUCUGAGAGGAGUCUGGUCUCUGAGUAAGUUUAGGGGAUUUUUAAGGGUCCUGAGUGAGAGUGGCAUCAGUUGUGUUUCUAUAGUGUAAUUAACAUUGGGGAGAUUUGAAGGAGUCCCAAAAUCCCAGGGAUUUUAGGCUGCGUUUAAUAUAAUUAGAUAACCAGGGGACCAAUAGGAGUAUAAGUGGGACAGGUUUUUGUGGGAAUUUGCUUUCUCUGUGGAGGUAACUUUGCUUUUAACAAGUGGUAGUGACUACCUGCUCUUUGUCAGGUCCUAGGCACUGUAAUAAUAGUGAUUAAUAAAAUGUACUUCCUCUCUAAAUGGAGGUUCAAAGUACAGAAAUUGCAACUCCUUCCAAGUUUAAUCUUCAUAAAGCCUUGUGAAAUGGGUGUGAACUUACUGCUGUACCUUACAGCAGAGAAGGUAACUUGCUGGUUACCUAGCUAGUAAGUAGCAGAGUUGGCUCCAGACAAUCAGACUGCAGAAUCGUUACACUUGAGAACGUGCCUCUUGCUAAUAGCUUUUAACCCACCAUUUUGGUUCCGCACACAUUAAUUCCUUCAUGACUCAGAAGAGGGCAGGUGCAAUUACAUAGAAUUGAGGGAUUAUCCUCCUUUAAAUGCCAGCGUAGGAAGGAGACCUUCAGCUAAACGAGUCUAGCCAUCUAAUUUCAGCUCCUAAGUGUUUUGUCUGUACUUGCAGUUUUCAU